AUGGCCGCGCACCUCGCCGCGGUCGAAGCGGACGCAAAGCGUGGCACCAGGAGAGUCGUCAGCUCAGCGACCCUGUCGGACAGAUUGCCUCUGUGCCUCUCGAUGGUGCAGCAGGGCCUGACGACGAAAUUGCUGGGUGAGGAGAAGAUCCUGUUCCCGCUCGAGACCCUCGACGACGAGGACGUCGUCAGCCCCAACGAGGCGCCGCUUAUCCUGAUCAUUCACGGGCGCGACGACACCGCGGUCCCCGUGGAAGGCAGCGAGAAGUGGGUGCAGAAGGCCCGCGAAAAGCCCCGAGACCACGCCAAGGUCGCGUUGGUCGUCCAGCCGGGCGACCAUGGCUUGGACACGGACCAGAACGUGAGGCUGGACAUGCCGUGGUUGGGGACGGAGUAG